AUGGCCCUCACACAGCAAGCAAACGCUCACAAGUGGUGGAAGGAGGCAGUUGUCUAUCAAAUCUAUCCCGCUUCAUUCUACUCAACCGGAUCGGGAUCAAAGCCGGGAUGGGGAGAUGUCAAUGGCAUAACGGCGAAGCUUGAUUACYUGAAAGAGCUCGGCGUCGAUGUUGUUUGGACGUCGCCAAUUUACAAAUCUCCGCAGGUUGACAUGGGAUACGACAUCUCCGACUAUCUGGACAUCGACCCCGUCUAUGGUUCUUUGGCUGAUGUCGAUGAGCUCAUCAAAAACUUGAAGAAGCGGGAUAUGAAGCUCAUGAUGGAUCUCGUGGUGAAUCACACAUCACACCAACAUGCCUGGUUCCUCGACUCCCGUUCUUCCAAAGACAGCAAGUACAGGGACUGGUACAUCUGGAAGCCCGCCAAGUACGAUGAGCAGGGAAAUCGUCACCCACCAAACAAUUGGUCGAUGAUCCUGGGCGAGGCAAACAGCGCGUGGACCUGGGAUGAGAAGACUCAAGAGUAUUAUCUUGCCCUCUUCACUCCAGAGCAGCCUGACUUGAAUUGGGAAAAUCCAAAGGUUCGCUCGGCUGUGCACGACAUUCUUCGUUUCUGGCUUGACCGCGGUGCCAGCGGAUUCCGGAUGGACGUAAUCAAUCUUAUUUCGAAGGUUCAGACAUUCCCAGACGCAGAAAUUUUCGACAAGAAUAGCGAGUACCAGCCUGGACACAAGUUCUACGCCAAUGGACCUCGUCUGCAUGAGUUUCUUCGCGACAUGAAUGACAAGGUGCUGUCAAAAUACGACUCGAUCACUGUUGGUGAGAUGCCAUUCAUCAACGACGAGGACGAAGUGCUUCGGGUGGUCGGAGAGGAGCGACAUGAACUCAACAUGAUUUUCAUAUUCGAGGUUGUGGACAUCAGCAACGAGCCGGGAGCAGCUCGGAUGACGCUACGUGCAUGGGAAACGAAGGAGCUCCGAGACAUCAUUUCAAAGUGGCAGAAUGCAAUGCGUGAGCGGGGAGGUUGGAACUCUGUGUUCAUUGAGAACCAUGACAACCCCCGAAGUGUCUCCAUCAUCACGGAUGAUUCGCCACAGUACCGCGAGCUGGGAGCCAAACUUCUCGCUUUGAUGGAGACCACACUCAGCGGGACAUUGUAUGUCUACCAGGGCGAAGAGAUUGCCAUGGCAAAUGUGCCUGCCUCCUGGGAUCCGGCUGAAUACAAAGAUAUCGAGUCUCAGAAUUACUGGAAGAAGAUGAACGAUCUUUACCCCGGCGACGGAGAGAAGUUGCAGCAUGCUCGAAUGAUAUUGCAGAAGAAAGCCCGCGAUCAUGCCAGGACGCCGGUGCAGUGGAACAAUACUGCCAAUGCUGGUUUCUGCAAGGAAGGCGUGACGCCUUGGAUGCGUGUGAACGACGACUACACCCACAUCAACGCCGAGGCUCAGCAAUCAGCCAAAGACGAUGAUGAUCUUUCAGUCCUUCAGUUCUGGAAGCGCGGACUGGCGAACAGAAAAGCCCACARAGAUGUGUUUGUGUAUGGUGACUACCGGCUGUUUGACGAGACACACGAGUCAGUCUUUGCGUAUAAGAGAUCUAGCAAAGAGGAGGCUUUUGUCAUUGUCCUGAAUUUCUCGGGAGAGAGUGUGGAGUUUGACAUUCCUGAUGCUGCGGGUGUGGAGAAGUGGGUUGCUGGAAACUACGAAGCCGGAGCACCGGUCAAAGAAGUGCAAGGCAAGAUCACACUCAAGCCCUGGGAAGCGAUUUUGGGCGCAGCGAAGGUUUAG